AUGUCCAUCACAAACACAACCCUCCCCGCUGACGAGACCUACAUCGCGCCCGCAACGCGCCUUAGGCAGCUCAUCUCCCAGGAAGGCGUCUGCGUCCAGGCGCCGGGGGUAUAUGAUGGGAUCUGUGCUCGCGUCGCUAUAGAGUCUGGCUUCAAGGUCAUGUACCAAUCUGGAGCCAUGACGACCGCGGCCCGUCUCGGCAAGGCCGACCUUGCCUUUGCCUCGUUGAACGACUUUGCCCAGAACGGGCAGAUGAUCGCCAACAUCGACCCUCGCAUCCCCCUCAUUGCCGACGCCGACACUGGCUUCGGCUCGCCUCCCAAUAUCGCUCGUAUGGUCCAGGUGUACCAUCAAAGUGGGAUCGCAGGUUUCCACAUUGAGGACCAGGUCACCAACAAGCGGUGUGGCCAUCUUGCGGGGAAGCAGCUGGUUGACAUGGAGACAUGGAGAGCACGUAUCCGAGCGUGUGUGAUUGGUCGGAAAGCCAUCUACGGCGGGAGCGACAUUGUCAUUAUCGCCCGGACUGACGCGCUCGCUGUGGAGGGGUAUAACGCUGCGCUAGAAAGGCUCGUUGCCGCUAGGGAGUGCGGCGCCGACAUGGGCUUCCUAGAGGCUAUAGAGACAGAGGAGCAAAUCAAAAACGCGGUCAAGGUGUUGGCGCCGAUGCCGCUCAUGGUCAACUGUGUGUCUCUCGGCAAGACCCCCUGGUUCCCUCCAGAGGUCCUCGGCUCGUGGGGUGUCAAGCUCGCCAUUUACCCCGGAGCUGCUAGCAAGUCGGUCCUACACACUAUCCGGCGCGCAUACAAGUACCUCAUGGAGACGGGCAAGGACGAUGCUGAGGCGAUGGGGCUGGAUCCCAAGGGUUUCUUCUCGGUCAUGGGAUUGCAGGAGGAGGUGGCUAUCGAUCAAGCAGCAGGAGGAGCGGCGUUUGCCAAUUUCAACAAUAGCAAAUGA